AUGCCUUGCAACGUUAAUCUCAACUUUAUUGUUUCUGCAUGUAGCACCGUUCAGUUGCAAUUCCAAAGCUUUGACGUCGGAUACGCCGAUGAAUCCCAUGACCAUGAUCAGUACUAUGUUCAUGUGAUCGGCAUUGACCUGAGCGAGAGGUCUCUUUGUGGGCGUAUCAACUCCAGCAGCACCCUCUUCAACCUUGUUCAUCUUCAGAGACUCAACCUUUCUGGGAACAACUUUGGUGAUUCUCAAAUCCCAUCUGAGAUUGCUCGUCUAAAGCAAUUAAGAAGCCUCGAUCUCUCUGAUUCUGGGUUUAGUGGCCAAAUCCCGAAUGGAAUCUCGCAGUUGAUUCAGUUGUCUUCUUUAGACCUGUCAAGGAAUUCACUAAAGCUUCACAAUCCUAGCCUGAAGAAGCUAGUGCAAAACUUAACAGGACUUGAAGAACUCCAUCUCUCGGGGGUCGACAUCAGUUCUUCUGAUCACAACAGCUUACUUGAAAAGGUGAUACUACCUCUCACACGUUUCUUUGGGAUUAUACCAGAAUCCAUAAGCCACCUCAAGCAGUUAAAAAUCUUGUCCCUUAGUGAAUGCUCUUUCUCGGGGCGUAUUCCAGGUUCACUCUCUAACUUGUCACAACUCACUUUCUUGGGUCUUGGUGAAAAUCACUUCACAGGUUCAGUUCCUUCAUUUGGAAGUCUUUUGAAACUCGAUGUUUUGGAACUUACUGGUAAUAAAUUUGAGAAAGGACGCUUUCCCAAUUGGCUUGGAAGGCUGACUACACUUCGUGAACUCUAUCUAACUGAUAUGAACGUAAAAGGUGAAAUCCCUCUUUUUCUUGCCAACCUAACUAAACUAAGUGUAAUAGGAAUGAAAAAUAAUUCUCUUAUUCGUCGUAUACCAUCCUGGUUGUUCAACCUCACCCAACUAACAAGUUUGAAUCUUGAUACGAAUCAAAUGGAAGGACCAAUUCCAAACACAUUUUCAAUCUUCAAAAAUCUUGAGUAUCUUAACCUUGGUGGAAACAAUUUCAAUGGUAGGGUAGAACUCGACAUGUUCCUAGGACUCAACAAACUCCAAACACUCUGGUUAGGUCAUAAUAAAAUAUCAUUAGUAGCCACCAACAACUAUACCAUUACCACUUUACCAGAAUUGGAUACGUUAGGACUUUCUGCAUGCAAUUUGAAGGAAUUUCCUUCCUUCUUGCGCUUCCAAAAUAAACUGCAUGGCUUACUUCUUAACGACAACAAGAUUGAUGGUCGGGUACCCGUGUGGAUCUGGAACAACAGCCGGGAAACGUUAGAGUUUUUUGACCUUUCACACAACUCCAUCACCGGACAACUACCAAUUCCACCACAAACCACAGUUCUUUAUGAUAUAUCACAUAAUAACCUGACAGGAGAAAUACCAUCAUCAAUAUGUGGCUUGAAAUCUCUUCGAAUGUUAGAUUUGUCUUCUAACAACAUGAGCGGAACACUUCCUUCGUGUUUGGACCUUGAUUUGAGCUUUACAGGUCAGCUGCCAAGAUCAUUGACAAAUUGUACCAAUUUAGAGGUUCUCUCUCUUGGAGAUAACUCUUUUCAUGACGUCUUUCCUUCUUGGAUGGGAACUCUUGCCAAGAUUCAAGUUCUGGUUUUGCGAUCAAACAAACUUUAUGGUCCAAUUCAAGGUUCCUCACACUUCCCUAAGUUGCGGAUCAUAGACCUCUCUAACAACAAUUUUAGUGGUCAGUUGCACCAAAACUACUUUCAAACUUGGAGUGCCAUGAGCUCCAACAAUCUUGGUGUAUCCUCUGUUAUGAGAUCUGAGAUAUCCACUAAAACGACAUAUUCAAAUUUUCCAUACACGGCGACGUUAAUACACAAAGGUGUCAGAACAGAGUACGAACAUAUUUUAACAAUAGAUAUGUCCAUUGAUCUCUCCUGUAACAAUUUUGAAGGAGAAAUCCCAGCAUCACUCCAAGCUCUUCAAGGGCUUCAAGCACUAAAUCUUUCCAACAAUCAUUUUACUGGACGUGUCUUGCCAUCUCUGGGGAACCUAAAGAAUCUUGAAGCUUUGGAUCUCUCUCGAAAUGAGCUAUCUGGGGAAAUUCCUCAACGAUUGGUGCAACUAGGCUUCCUUGAAAUUUUCAACGUGUCAUUCAACCGUCUUGAGGGGCGCAUACCCAAAGGAAAACAGUUUGGUACAUUUGAUAACAACUCCUACAUAGGGAAUCACCGAUUGUGUGGACAACCAUUAUCCAAGGAAUGUCAAGGUCAUUUAAAGGUGUAUGGACUUCCACCAACAAGCAAUGUGUCUGAGUCUCUCCUCCCGAGUGAAGCAAUUGAUUGGAUCAUCGUAUUCUGUGGAGUUGGAAGUGGGUUGGUUGUUGGGAUUGUUAUCGGAAACUUUCUACAUGCAAAAUAUAGUGAUCGGUUCACAAAGAAGAAUGAGAGAUGGGUAAGUCCACUUCGUAACACGAGGAGAAACUAA